GCCGUUGUUUUCUCCCAUUAUUUUCUUCUCAAUUUUUAAUUUCACAAGAAAGACGAAGCGUCGAUCUCGCACUCACAAUCCAAACGCUAACCGGAAUCGAAAGCGAUUCCGAGAAAAGCUCCAACGUAUUCUUCCCUUUGUCCUAUGCAGCUGUUCUUUCAAAUACUCUUCUUCCUCUCAAUUGAAAAGCGACCUGGAGGUAAAUCCCACAUCUAUAACCGAUUGCCUCCGGCAAGCUCUUGAGCUUUUCCGUGCUUCGUUUGACUCAUCAUCCAAGAUUUUUCGCCGGAAAAAGCUAUCUAAAGCACCAAAAUGGUGGACGUGUUCGGGAAAUCGGUCGAGGAUGGCUUAAAACUUUCGAAAAGGAUUUACUUUGGAAAGGAUCGUGCUGUUUCACCUCCGAAACAAGUGGCUAUGGAGAAAGCCCCGCAUUCAUAUCUUCCGACAGCUCCCAUGGUUUACGCUGAAAUUUUUGAUCCAUCAAUGGUUGAUAAUCCUGAUAUUCCGAGCUACCAGCCUCAUGUCCAUGGUCGAUGCGAUCCCCCGGCAUUGAUUCCACUUCAGAUGAAUGGCAUUGUCCUGGAGGCGGAAUGUUAUUUGGACACCAUGAUUGUUACCGUUACUGGUUCCUGGCGUGUUCAUUGUGUCAUGGGAAGCCGUAGCUGCGAUUGCCGCCUUGCCAUUCCAAUGAGCGAUCAGGGUUCAAUUCUAGGUGUUGAGGUGGAUGUUGCUCGAAAGUCAUUUUGCACCAGACUGGCUGCCAUUGAUGAAAAGAUUGACAUGGAAAAAUUAGCCAAAGCCAAAGAUGGAGGCUUUUUGAUACCCCAAAUCUUCACCUUGACAAUUCCUGAGAUUGAUGGAGGGUCCAAUCUCUCCAUUAAAGUGAGAUGGUCUCAGAAAAUAUUCUACACUGAUGGUCAGUUCUCCCUUAAAAUACCAUUUAGCUUUCCAGAGUAUGUCACUCCGGCUGGAAAAAAAAUUUCCAAAAGAGAAAAGAUACAGUUGAAUGUGAAUUAUGGCACUGCGACUGAGGUUUUAUGCAAGACAACUAGCCAUCCCUUGAAGGAAAUAAGACGCCAAGCAGGAAAUUUAUGUUUCUUAUAUGAAGCAGAUGUUCUUACAUGGUCAAGGACUGAUUUUAAUUUUUCAUAUACGGUUGCAUCAAGUGAAAUAUCCGGUGGCUUGCUCUUGCAAUCUCCAUCUGUACAUGACUUUGAUCAAAGAGACCUGUUCUGCUUCUAUCUAUUUCCUGGAAAUCAUCAGCAUAGAAAGGCUUUCAAAAAAGAAGUGGUAUUUGUUGUCGAUAUAAGUGGGAGCAUGAAGGGAAGGCCCCUUGAGAACGUGAAGAAUGGGCUAUGUGCGGCUCUCUCCAAACUCAAUCCAGAAGACUCAUUUAACAUUAUAGCUUUCAAUGGAGAGACAUACUUAUUUUCGUCAUCGUUGGAGUUGGCAACCAAGGAAACAAUUGAAAAUGCAUCUCAAUGGAUUAGCAUAAACUUUAUUGCUGGGGGUGGUACAAACAUUUUGCUUCCGCUAAAUCAGGCGAUGGAGAUGUUAUCAAAUACCCGUGAUUCAAUUCCUCUCAUUUUCCUGAUUACUGAUGGGUCAGUUGAAGAUGAAAGACACAUUUGUGAUGUUAUGAAAAGUAAUCUCACAAAUAGAGGAUCAAUGGCUCCACGAAUUUUUAGUUUUGGCAUAGGCUCAAUUUGUUCUCAAAAUCCAAACUAAAUGAGGUUUUGGCCUAGAUUUUCCC